AUGACGGAGCUGCCGGGAGAACACUACGUCACGGGAGAGCGAAGAUCGGUGAUCAGGGCGCAUGGUGAGUCAUCAUCGGUUAAAUUGGUCCAACGCAGCGUGACAUCGCUGACAUUGGAAGUCAUGCCUCGAAAAGAACACGGACAAGGUGCUCGCGUGGAUAUGGAGUUGGUCAAGCCGCACGCAUGUUUGGGCAAAACGGGCGCUGGAGCUUGGCCGAGCCAGAACACUCUUGACCUACGGAGCUGUCCAACAUUGCGCUCUUCGACACUGCCCCCUCCUUUCUCUUGUCCAGUGUUCCGUCGCAGUGCGGACAGCCGGCUCGACCCGACUGACCAAGCCUGGCAAGCGGGAGACUUCGCGGCUGCCUAG